AUGAGGCAAGAGGGGGACGAUAGCCGACUCUUUUUCCGCGGCUUCCAGAACCGCUCCCAGGAGAAGAUGAAGCUGCGAAAGAGAAAGUCCACUUUGUACCUCAGCCCCCGGAAGAGCACCUUGCGGCACGGAGAUCUCCUUGGUGAAAACAUUUAUCUGGUCUUGUUUACCAUAGCAUUACGAAUAUGUAACUGUUUUUUAGUCCAGACAAGUUUUGUUCCAGAUGAAUAUUGGCAGUCUCUUGAAGUUGCACAUCACAUGGUUUUUAAUUAUGGUUAUUUGACCUGGGAAUGGACAGAAAGAUUGAGGGGUUACACUUAUCCCUUAAUCUUUGCAAGCAUUUACAAGGUCCUGCAUCUUUUGAGGAAAGAUAAUGUUCAACUGCUGAUUUGGAUUCCUAGACUUGCCCAAGCACUUUUGUCUGCUAUAGCAGACAUCAGACUCUACUCAUUAAUGAAGCAACUUGAAAAUCAGCAAAUGGCAAAAUGGGUGUUUUUUUGCCAGUUGUGCUCUUGGUUCACAUGGUAUUGCUGUACCAGAACUCUUACAAACACCAUGGAAACUGUUCUCACUAUAAUUGCUCUUUUCUACUAUCCUUUGGAAGGUUCAAAGUCUAUGAACAGUGUCAAGUACUCGUCCCUGGUGGCACUUGCCUUCGUAAUUCGUCCCACAGCUAUCAUUCCAUGGAUACCCUUGGUCUUUAGACAUUUCUGGCAAGAACAGAAAAAGCUUGAUCUUAUUCUGCAUCAGUUUUUUCCUAUAGGAUUUGUCACUUUGAGUUUGUCUCUGAUAGUUGAUCGUAUUUUUUUUGGUCAAUGGACCCUGGUUCAAUAUAACUUUUUGAAAUUUAACGUGCUUCAGAAUUUGGGAACAUUUUAUGGUUCUCAUCCAUGGCAUUGGUACUUUAGUCAAGGAUUUCCAGCUGUCUUGGGUACUCACUUACCCUUCUUUAUUCAUGGCUGCUUUCUGGCCCCAAAGAGGUACCGAAUACUUUUGGUAACUGUGCUAUGGACACUGCUAGUUUAUAGCAUGUUGAGCCACAAAGAAUUUAGGUUUAUCUAUCCAGUUUUACCAUUUUGUAUGGUGUUCUGUGGGUACUCACUAAACCACCUGAAAACAUGGAAGAAACCAGCUCUCAGCUUCCUGUUUUUAUCGAAUAUGCUCCUUGCCCUGUAUACUGGUUUAGUUCAUCAACGAGGUACUCUUGAUGUCAUGACUCAUGUUCAAGAACUCUGUUACAAUAAACCAAAUAAAUCUUCAGCUUCAGUAUUUAUAAUGAUGCCUUGCCACUCUACUCCUUAUUAUAGCCACGUCCACUACCCACUUCCAAUGAGAUUUCUCCAGUGUCCCCCAGACCUGACUGGAAAAAGUCAGUACCUUGACGAAGCAGAUAUAUUCUAUCUGAAUCCCUUAAACUGGCUAGAUAAAGAGUUUCACAAUGAUUCAACAUUGCCUACUCACUUGAUCAUCUUCAGCAUUUUAGAGGAGGAAAUAAGCACUUUCCUAAUUUCAAGCAACUAUGAGAGAACUGCUGUGUUCUUCCACACUCACUUGCCAGAAGGUCGAACUGGAAGUCACAUAUAUGUCUAUGAACGGAAAUUAAAAGGGACAUUCAACAAAAGAUGAAAUUCUGAACUGUGUUUAAGUCUUUCCUAAAGCUCAGAUGGGUAGCUCAGAUGUUAAGCGGCAGCCUUCAGCUGAUCCCAGGGUCCGGGGAUCGAGCCCUGCAUUGGGCUCCUGGCUCUGCUGGGAAGCCUGCCUCUCCCUCUCCUACUCCCCCUGCUUGUGUUCCCUCUCUUGCUGUCUCUCUGUCAAAUAAAUAAAUAAAAUCUAAAAAAACAAAACAAAACAACAACAACAAAAAACUUUCCUAAAGAAACAGACAUUGCUGGGUAGAGAUAUUUAGAUGCUGCAUAAAUAUGCCUGUAAACACUGGGUAAGAUUCGUGGAACUAGCAAAAACCACUGGAAUUGCUUUACCAAAUAUUACUACUGAGGAAAUGUAUGAAUAAAUAUCACAAAGUAUAAAAAUUUUAAUACAAAUACCAGAUUUUAAAUAAAGACCUUUAGUUUUCCUCA